AUGCCACCGGCAGGUUCACCACUCUCUCCAAAGAUGGAGUCUCUAGCUAUUCCGUCGCAGGCCAGACGUCUGCCAGCGCCCCACCACCGUCAGCAUUCUUCGAGCACCGCUGCGUCUCUCAGGUUGCCGACUUUACCACGUUUCCACCCAGCCAACUUCCCCUCCCAGACGUCAAGCGCAGGGACGACGCCUGCCACAGGACCGAGUAGCCCUCAGCCGCCGCUCUCACCGCGGGCUUAUCAGAAGCAGUACUCAGACGCCCAGAAGCAAAUGUACCUCUAUCAGAGGGAGCUCAUUGCCAGCGCUUCUCGUCAGGCCCGGGGCACAAAUGCAAAGCCUACGAGCCCACGUCUGAUCCCGAUGGGCAGUCCUGGACCUGUGACUCCCUUGGAGCUCGAGGAUGCCGACAGCUACCUCACGGCUGGCGUCAAUUCUGCAGACGCUGCUUCUCGCGUCGACAAGCUCAUCAACGAGGAGGCUCUUCGUCGUGGUGAGGCUCCAGGACGACCAACCUCGGUCGGUGGAAGAUGA